AUGUCCUUCAUCGCAGACUUCUUCAAGCAGAUCUUCUAUCUGGGCCAGCCCGAUGACUCGACCUUACCCAGUCAGGGGACUGUGACUCCUGACCCAGAUUUCAAUGUCGAUAGGGAUGUACUCAUCUUAGAUAAGGCCAUCAAGGCCAAGGGUGUGGAUGAGAACACCAUCAUUGAUGUGCUGGUGAGGAGGAGCAACGCCCAGAGACAGCAGAUCAAAGCUACCUAUGAGAAGGCUAGCGGCCAGCCUCUGGAGACUGCCCUGAAGUCUGCCCUAAAGGGAGACCUGGAGGAUGUGGUUCUGGCUCUGCUCAAGACCCCAGCCCAAUAUGACGCCCAACAGCUCAAACUGGCCAUGAAUGGAUUGGGCACAGACGAGGAUACUCUGGUUGAGAUUCUGGCCUCCAGGACCAAUAAGGACAUCAGAGAGUUAAAGAAAGUCUAUAAGGGAGAAAACAAAAAGGAGCUAGAGGAUGACAUCAAAUCUGACACAGGCGCAGACUUCAGGGAUGCUCUGCUCUCGCUCUGCAAGGCUGCUAGGAAUGAGGACACCAUGGUGAACCAGGAACUUGCUGACAGUGAUGCCAGAGCCCUGUAUGAGGCUGGAGAGAAGAGGAAGGGAACAGACUGCUCUGUCUUCAUUGACAUUCUGACCACCAGAAGUGCUCCACAGCUCCGCCAAGCGUUUGAGCGGUACACCAAGUACAGUAAGGUGGAUGUGGCAAAGGCUAUUGACCUGGAACUGAAGGGAGACAUUGAGAACUGUCUGACUGCCGUAGUGAAGUGUGCUGGAAGCAAGCCGGUUUUCUUUGCUGAGAAGCUAAACUUGGCAAUGAAGGGUAAAGGAACCAGGACCAAUAUUCUGACCCGGGUCAUGGUGAGCAGGUCUGAAGUCGACCUGGCCCGGAUUAAACAGGAGUACAAGAAGACGUUUGGGAAAUCCCACUCCCAGGAAAUUCUGGUGAGCAAACAUCUCCACUUUCUUUAGUGGCAAUAAUAUACA